AUGGAGCCUAGUGACGCGGCGCACCCCGGUCCAGGGAGGGCUGUUUGGAAGUUGGCGCCUCGGCUGCUGCUGCUGCCACUGUUGCCAGUGCUGCUGGGUCGGGGGCUGUGGCUCGGGGCCGCGGCCUCCUCCUCUGGGGCGGCGGCUGAGGACAGCAGCGCCAUGGAGGAGCUCGCCACCGAGAAGGAGGCGGAGGAAAGCCACCGGCAGGACAGCGUGAGCCUGCUCACCUUCAUCCUGCUGCUCACCCUCACCAUCCUCACCAUCUGGCUCUUCAAGCACCGCCGGGUGCGCUUCCUGCACGAGACCGGGCUGGCCAUGAUCUAUGGGCUCAUUGUUGGAGUGAUCCUGAGGUAUGGCACCCCUGCUACCAGCGGACAUGACAAGUCACUCAGAUGUACUCAGGAAGAUAGAGCCUUUAGCACCUUAUUAGUGAAUGUCAGUGGCAAGUUCUUUGAAUACACUUUGAAAGGAGAAAUCAGCCCUGGCAAGAUCAAUAACGUGGAGCAGAAUGACAUGCUGCGGAAGGUAACAUUUGAUCCAGAGGUAUUUUUCAACAUUCUGCUGCCUCCAAUUAUUUUCCAUGCUGGAUACAGUUUAAAGAAGAGACACUUUUUCAGAAAUCUUGGAUCAAUUCUGGCCUACGCCUUCUUUGGGACAGCGGUUUCCUGCUUCAUUAUUGGAAAUCUUAUGUAUGGGGUGGUGAAACUCAUGAAGAUUGUGGGCCAGCUCACUGAUAAAUUUUACUACACGGAUUGUCUCUUUUUUGGAGCAAUUAUCUCUGCCACUGACCCAGUGACUGUGUUGGCAAUCUUUAAUGAACUGCAUGCAGAUGUGGAUCUUUAUGCUCUUCUGUUUGGAGAGAGUGUCCUGAAUGAUGCUGUUGCCAUUGUACUGUCCUCGUCUAUUGUUGCCUAUCAGCCAGCAGGACUAAAUACCCACGCUUUUGAUGCUGCUGCCUUUUUUAAGUCAGUUGGCAUUUUUCUAGGUAUAUUUAGUGGCUCUUUUACGAUGGGAGCUGUAACUGGUGUUGUGACUGCUUUAGUGACCAAGUUUACUAAGCUGCACUGCUUCCCCCUGCUGGAGACAGCGCUCUUUUUCCUGAUGUCCUGGAGCACGUUUCUUUUGGCUGAAGCCUGUGGAUUUACAGGUGUUGUAGCUGUCCUUUUCUGUGGGAUUACACAGGCUCAUUAUACAUACAACAAUCUGUCAGUAGAAUCAAGAAGUCGAAGCAAGCAGCUUUUUGAGGUGUUACACCUUCUGGCGGAGAACUUCAUCUUCUCCUAUAUGGGCCUAGCACUGUUCACCUUCCAGAAGCAUGUUUUCAGCCCCAUUUUCAUCAUUGGUGCUUUUGUUGCCAUCUUCCUGGGCAGAGCUGCGCAUAUCUACCCUCUCUCCUUCUUCCUCAACCUGGGCAGAAGGCACAAGAUUGGUUGGAAUUUUCAACACAUGGUGAUGUUUUCAGGCCUGAGGGGAGCAAUGGCAUUUGCACUUGCUAUCCGUGACACGACAUCCUAUGCCCGCCAGAUGAUGUUCACAACCACGCUGCUUAUUGUCUUCUUCACUGUAUGAGUCAUCGGUGGAGGCACCACGCCAAUGCUGUCAUGGCUCAAUAUAAGAGUUGGUGUGGAAGAGCUCUCCGAAGAGGACUGGAAUGAACAUCGCUGGCAGUACUUCAGAGUUGGUGUUGACCCAGAUCAAGACCCGCCACCUAACAAUGACAGCUUUCAAGUCUUACAAGGGGAUGGCCUGGAUUCUGCUGGAGGAAGCCGGACAAAGCAGGAGAGUGCAUGGAUAUUCAGGCUGUGGUAUAGCUUUGAUCACAAUUACUUGAAGCCCAUCCUCACCCACAGUGGCCCCCCGCUAAGCACCACUCUCCCAGCCUGGCUAGCUCGAUGUCUGACCAGUCCCCAGGUGUAUGACAAUCAAGAGCCGCUGAGAGAAGAUGACUCUGAUUUCAUCCUGACGGAGGGUGACCUCACUUUGACCUACGGAGACAGCACUGUGACAGCAAAUGGCUCCUCGAGCUCCUACACAGCCUCCACAAGUCUCGAGGGUGGUCGGAGAACAAAAAGCAGCUCGGAGGAAGUGUUUGAACGAGACCUGGGAAUGGGAGAUCACAAGGUUUCCAGUCGGGGUACCCCCCUUGUGUUUCCACUACAGGAAAAUGCAUGACUUCACCCUAAGUCCUGAAGGAUCAGGGAGGCUCUCAUGAGGAUGAGGAUGAGGAUGGCCGAAUGCCCCAGUGUGUUUGAGGUGUGACAUUGACUGGCUUAAACUAAUGCUUCUAUUUCAUUGGGCCCUGAAACUAUCAUCACUUAA